AUGUAUGUCCCGGUGGGCGACCCCUAUGUUAGCCCCGAGCAGCCGACCGGCGCCUAUCCUAUCCGGUCUGCCAUUCAGUACUGGGAGAGUGUGUCCUCCAGUAGUGGUAGUGGUCGACAGUCGCCGCCCACACCGGAGAUAUCGCCCAAACGGCGCCGACUAUACAGCCCUACUGCGCCCGUAGAGGUGUCAGAGUUGCCACCGGUUCCUGAACUGCCCGCCCGGCGCCCAUUCACCCCACCAUCCGUGCCGUACAUACAGCUCCGUAACGUACGAGUGGCCAAUCCGGCCGAUCAGUUGGACAGGGCGUACGCGGAGGCAGAGAGUGAGCCUAAUAUUGGUGUUGGUGCCAAUUGGUCGGGCGAGUUGCACGUCAGUAGUGCCAGUGAUGGCCAACACAGAACUGAUCAGCAAAAGGAGGACAGGUAUAUACAGGAACUGAGCCGUAAAGGGCUAGACAUUGAUUUGGACGAUGAGCUCGGGUCGGGUGAGUUUGGCACAGUCUAUAGGGGCCGAUACAAUGAGCAGAUUGUAAACAUAGGGGGCUUAAGCCAGCGGUAUCUGAAGGGUGUGACUCCUGGUCAGGGGUUUGCCGUCAAAUCGGUACAGUUCUACCCCUACAGCGAACUAUCCUUUCGGUUGGCCCACGAGGUGGAGAAAUGUGUACUCAAAUCGCUCCGACACCCAAACAUUGUGUCCUAUCGGUUGGCCAUUAAUCUCGGUAAACACCGAGUGCUCAGUAGGAAAUCGGGCCAAUCAGAUGACGGCACAGAGGGUCCGACCGGUAGGGAUAUUAUUAGCUACGACCGGAUGUUUUUGAUCAUGGAGCUCAGCGAUCGUGGUUGUUUGCACGACUUUUGGCGGACCAAGGAGUUUCAAGAGUUUGCCGCACCCCUGGCCAUCCUAUUGAUUCAGCAAUUGUGCUCCGCCAUGGCUCAUAUGCAGGACAUAGGGGUCGCCCAUCUGGACAUACAUACAGGCAAUGUGUUGGUAUUCAGCGGUGCCGUCAUUGAUAAGUACGCGGCCAAGUGGUCUGACUUUGGCACCGCUGUGUCCCGGGAUUUAUACCGGGGUUGGGGAGUGACUAUACCGGCCGAUCACAUGCACGCUAUGAUGCGUAGGGACACCAUUGAGUUGGCCUCAGUUUGCAAGGGUUUGAUAGAUGUGUGUCCGACACAUGAAGGCGUGGACCCCGGGCUCUGGCAGCACAUGAUAGCACUGGUGGGUGAGUUGAAACAAGCGAUGCAACCAUUGGGUGAUAUACUUAAGAAGAGAUCCAGAAUUCAAGCGGACUUUGGCGUCCCAUCGGGCGAACCAUUUGGCGAUACACUAGACUUACAAACACCAGCAGACCCGACAAGUUUCGACCCGACCCUAUUGGACACAAACACACCGGUCAUACCCGGAGCUAUACUCACACCACAACAUGUUCCGUACGGAUACGCACCGGCAUAUACCAGACCCGCGUCACCCGCGCCCCUGUACUCAACCGAGUUGUCCGCGUCUGGAAUUUUUGGGCCACCCGUCGACCCGGAGUACCCGAUUGAAAGUCCAGCCCAGAGUCCGACACCGGCCACACCCGUACGCCGGUAUCGAUCCGUAUCGUUGCCGACCGUAUUAUACACUACUGGUUCCGAUGAUCCGUACGGCACCGAUGAGCCCAUACCUGGUCUACUCACACCUGCCGGACAAGGCCUCAGACGCUGGCAACCAGUCGCAGCCCUUACCGCUUUGCCGCCCACUCCGGACACAUCACCCACAGUAGGCGUGUCAUCGGUCUCGGCAUCGCCUGUGGCCGACACUCGGCGACCAUUUACACCGCCUUCCGUGCCUUACGAUCAGCUCCGGGACGUUAAGGUCACCGAUCCGUUGCAAAUGCUGGACAUGGCGUACGACGAGGCGUCCGGGUAUGGGUCCGAUGUUGGUGCCAGCGGUGGAAAUGUGGGUAACAUUUGGUCGGGUGAGUUGCAUAUUAGUAGCGAUGAUCAGGGCAGCGAUGAUGAUGAUGAUGACCAGGAUGCUGGUCCACGUGAUGCAAAAGUGGACAGGUAUGUUCAACAGCUCCGGGAUUACGGUCUAGACAUUGAUAUGGACAACGAGUUGGGAUCGGGCGCGUUUGGCUCGGCCUACCUGGGCCAGUACAACGAGCAGAUUGCAAAUAUCGAGGGCCAGAAAUACUUGCUCGGCGUAACCCCUGGCCAGGGAUUCGCCGCCAAAUUUGUCCGGUUUUCGUCGGACACCGAUUUGGACACCCGAUUGGCCCACGAGGUGGAGAAAUGUACCCUCAAAUCGCUGCGACACCAAAACAUUGUGUCCUAUCGGUUGGCCGUAAAUCUCGGCCACCAUCUCGUGCUUUCCCGAACAGCCCUGGGCUAUACCGGGCGCGAUAUAAUUAGCUACGACCGCAUAACACUACCGAUAGACCCGCUUAAACAACUACAAACUCGGUUAUCACAAAGCAAUGUCUCAGUCUCUACGUCAGCACCGGUAGUCCAGAGCAGCUCUGCAGGUGAAAUAAACCUGAGUAGCGAUGAUCAGCCGCCGGCCAAUCAUAGGCCGUGGUUUGGCAAACGGUUGUGGCGAGAGUUGACCGCCUGUGCCCGCGGACCCGCCAAACCCAUCGAUGCCAACCCCCGUAUGAUAUCGGAUAAGACCCUAAAGGAUUUGAGGCGAUUGAAGGCACAGGGCUUUGAUAUUAAGGUUGAAACUAAGCAUGAGUUGGGUGAUGGAGCCUUUGGCGUGGUCUACCGGGGUGUUUAUACCAAAAAUAUCCACAAUUUGAACGCAAAACGUGGCAAAUAUAUGUCGGGCGCCGCACCGGGCGGUCAGUUUGCCGCCAAAUACGUACAGUUUGACGCCGAGUGCGACCCCGAAGACCGAUUGGCCCACGAGAUCGAGAAGCAGGUGUUGAAAGAGCUCAGACACCCAAAUGUGGUGGCCUUUCGGGCGGCCAUUAAUUUGGGCCGAAGUCAGGUCGUGUCUAACGCCCGGUACAAAGCGGGUUCGGGUGUGAACUUUGUCAGCUAUGACCGCAUGUUUCUCGUCAUGGAUUAUGGCGAUUGUGGUGGCAAACAAAACAGCGCGAAGUAUGGCAAUCAAUAUGUGGUGAAAUGGGCCGACUUUGGUCUGAGUAUGUCGUACGCCCUGUGCCUCAAGUGGUCGGUCAAUGUGGACGCCGAGUACAUUUGGAAGCAACAGCGCAGCGAUUUAGUGCACCUGUAUAUGGUGUUCACUACCAUGUUGAAGAAAGUAGUGGAGUGCGGUUAUCACGAUUACGAUAUGACCGAAAUGCGUGCCCUGGCCAGUGAUAUGUGCUCGCUUGUUGGCCAGAAACAUGGUAGUGACCGGUCGUUGGCCCAAUUGAUUGCUCCGUACAAGUUUAAUAAAAUAUUGCAAAGUAAUAGAGUGCGGGGCACAGGGAGAUGA